AUGAGAGAAGACAUAGCCGUCUUCAACGCUAAAAAUGAUCUGGAGCGUAUUUUGUGCACAAAUUUCCUGCAGUUGAAAACACUCUUUCUGAAUCUGUGUUGUGUGAAUUACGUUUGUUUUAAUUUAGAGACUCGAUUACCUAUUAUUAAAAAAGGACCUGAUGGCUCUUAUUUUGGAUAUUCCAUUGCUUUACAUAAGAUGAAAGAUGAACAAGAACAAGAAACUAGUGUAUUAUUAAUUGGUGCUCCUAAAGCAAGAACAAUAAGCUUCAAUAAUUCCGGUGCUGUAUAUAGUUGUCCUUUAUCUACGUAUCAAGCUGAUUGUACACAGUUACUAAUUGAUCAAAAUAUAAAUUAUGGUAAUCAAAAAGUUAUUAAAGAUGACCAGUGGAUGGGAGUUACUGUUAAGAGUCAAGGACCUGGUGGAUAUGUUUUGGCGUGUGCUCAUCGUUUCAUCAAAGCUGGAGAAGAUUACCAAUGGGGGCAAGGCAUAUGCUUUUCUCUUACUCAUAACCUACAGUUUGGAAGGGCUUGGGAGCCAUGUAGCAAUCGGCCAGUCAAUAAAGCCCAUGAGCAGUAUGGUUAUUGUCAAGCUGGAACUAGUGGCAUGAUUACAGAUGACAAUACAAUUACCAUUGGAACUCCUGGACCUUUCACUUGGAGAGGAACUAUUUUUACAAAUACUGUAACAUUCAAAAUUAAAGAUGACAAGAGAUGGUAUCUUGGACCUAUUAUGGAGGAUACCUCACCUGUUGAUAAAUACAGUUAUUUAGGUACUUCGUUUACAUCUGGAGUUUUCUUUGGAGAUAGGAGAAGUUUUGUAGGAGGUGCUCCUAGGUCAAAGGGGACUGGCCAAGUUGUUUUCUUCACCAAAACCAAAGAUGUCACCUUUGAUGUUCAAUUAAUAUUAGAUGGAGAGCAAUUUGCUUCAUCCUUUGGAUAUUCCUUAACAUCAUUAGAUAUCAAUAGUGACAAGGACACAAGGGACCUUGUAGUUGGAGCUCCAUUUUAUUAUUCUAAAAAUAAAGGAGGUGCCAUAUACAUUUAUAUGAAUUCUAAAGAGGGCUUCAAUGAAUUAACAGUGCCAAUAAAAAUCACUGGUAAAUCAGAAUCAAGGUAUGGCUUUGCCAUUGAAAAUGCGGGAGACUUGAACCAAGAUGGAUAUCCUGAUCUUGCUGUGGGAGCACCUUAUGAAGAAGGUGGUGGAACUGUUUAUAUUUACUCAGGGUCUGAAAAUGGUAUUAUCUUGACUCCAUCACAAAUUGUUCAAGCUCAAGACAUUCCGAAAUCUGGUGGUCUGCAAACUUUUGGUUAUUCACUUGAUGGUCGAAUUGAUAUUGAUGAAAAUGGAUACCCCGAUUUGUUUGUAGGAGCAUAUGAAAGUGACACUGUUGUGGUAUUAAGGUCACGUCCGGUGUUGGAUAUUGUAACAUCAGUUACGGGUCAGCUUUCAAACAUAGAUCCAGAUAAACUAGGAUGUGAAGAUGACAAAAGUUUUCCCAUGGUUUGCUUUUCCUUUGAAGCCUGUUUUCAAUUUAACACCCCAUCAUCAUCUUCUGGAGCUUUGAAACUACAGUACAAAAUUGAGGCUGAAACGUUUACUGGAAGAAAGUACUACAGAGUUCGCUUUAAAUCUUCACUUGAGUCUGAUACCCCUAAUAUUGUGGAAAAGCAAAUAGAUAUGAAAGAAUCUUCUGGAAACAAAAGACAAUGCUCAAAAGAAGUUGUUUAUUUGAAAGAAAAAAGUGAUAUUCAAAAUCCAGUGCAGUUUAAACUUACAUAUUCGUUGAUUCAAAAAAAUCCCUCUCCACCAAUACCCGGAAGUGCAUUACCUGAUGUAAAUAAAUAUCCGAUACUGAAUCAACAAGAAGCAUCCAAGAUUUUUGAGGCCAAAUUCUUGAAAGAUUGCGGUGGUGACAAUGAUAUUUGUGAGAGUGAGUUGGAUGUGAUUGUAGAUACGGAUUUGAAAAGAGAUGAUCAAGUGCUUGUUUUGUUCAUGGGAGUGAAGCAUUUAACAUUAUCAGUUAAAAUUAUGAAUUCCAGAGAACCUGCUUAUGAUGCCAUGCUAUACGUAUAUCACCCAGCAAGCAUUAGUUUUGUUGGUAGAAAAAUUGUGAAAGGAGAUCAAAUUGAGUGUGUACCAUUUAAUUCAACACUAGUCACAUGUGAGCUUGGAAAUCCUUUAAAAGCUUCUGAGGUGGAAUUGCUAAUAAGGUUCAAUCCGAAAGAUGUUGCUGCUGAUGAAAGGUUCAUAAGCCUAACAGUUAAAGCUAAUACAACAAGCAAAGAAGAGAAAUCUCGAGAGGAUGUUGUUAUUACUGCUGGCGUGGUCAAAGUUGCAGAAUUAGAAAUAAGAGGUGCAUCACAUCCUGAGCAGGCGUUUUAUGGUGGAGAUGCUAGUCGCGUUCCUGUGUAUAUUGAUGAUAUUGGAAAUGAAAUUGUUCAUAUAUAUGAGAUUAUUAACCAUGGACCCUGGUUAGCAACAGGUGUAGAGAUGAUUGUGUCUUGGCCUUUCCAAGCUGCUGAUACAAAUGGAAAUGGAAACUGGCUAUUAUACAUUGUUGAAAACCCUGAGGUCAUUGGAAAUGGGUAUUGUGAACUUGACCAUACACAACUUAAUCCUUUGAAACUAAAGAAGCAUCCUGAAGAACUAAGGCUUGCUUCAAGUACACAUAGAAAGAGAGUCACAAGGAGUAUCGCCCCUCAAGAACUGAGGGCAGAAGGGAAGAUUGUUCAAGUUGUCAAUUUGGAUUGUGAAGCUAAUACAGCAAAGUGCUUCCAAUUUACCUGCUAUUUCAAAAGUCUAGAAAGAGAUACUACUGCAUUGGUGAAAAUUAGGGCUCGUCUAUGGAAUUCAACAUUUGUUAAAGAUUAUCCUAAUGUAGAUUGGGUCAGUAUAUAUUCAAGAGCUUAUAUUAGAAUUACUUCAGAUGAUAUUAGACAAGAUGAGAAGAAUGAUUUUGCAUUAGCUGAGACAAAAGCUUAUCCUGACAUUCACUUGUAUCAAAAGACAGAAGAGGUUGCUUUGUGGAUUAUCAUUCUUGCUGUUUGUGCUGGUAUUCUACUGCUUGUUCUACUCAUAAUCAUUUUGUGGAAAUGUGGAUUUUUCAAGAGGAAAAAACCUGGUUAUGAACCUGCUCCAACACAUGAGAAAGAGUACAUAUAAAAUUCAUUAAAAAGUUUCCAAUUAAAGCUUCAUGGAGGUUUGAAGGUGUGACAAGAACUUUGUUAAAGUUGUUGAAUUAUUUGAGCAGGGCAGUGCUGGUUUUUAGCACAUAAUACGUAUUGCAACCAGAAAUACUUUGUUAUGUGCUUUCAAAGUUUGCCAUAUUUUUGUAAGUUCUUGUACGGCAUUUCCAUGUACUGUGAUGUCACCACACUUGUUGGACAUUCAAGCAUGAUCAUCAUCAUCAUGUUCAGACAUACAUCUGAUGCAAUCAUUAUAUUCAUGAUCAGAAGCCUGCCAUUCUUGAUUUCACUUAAAUGUAAAGAAGAAAAGCUUAUUUUAUUUUUGAAUGAAAUGUUGUAAUCAAUAUAAGUGAAGCACAAAUUGUCCAGGGCCAUAACCAGAAAAUAAUUUUGAGGGAAGGUUUAAAAACUUUCAUGCGGAGCUUUGUGCUAUUUGUGCUAAUAUUCAAGUUGUCAGGUUAUC